UUCAGUAUUUAUAAGAGCAAAAUUAGAGAUGGCUGCCCUCCAAAAAGUAACCCGACAGGCUUGGGAUAUAUUCCGCCUGUUUUUUAAGGACAGAAAUGCUAACAUUGAUGGUCUGAAAGCUCUACAAGAAACAAUGUCAAAGAUUCAAGCUUCUGAUCUAAACAUUGACGCCAGCCGAGCUAUGAUAGAACAACAAAGAUUGCCACCGAAUCCAGCAGCUUUUGAGGCGGCAGCUGGAGGAGACCCUUCCCAGCGCGCUCCGGUAGGAUACAUGCACAUCUUCGAAGACGGUGUCAUGACAAUGGGCGUGUUCAUUAUAAGAGAAGGAAGCCGCAUCCCUCUUCAUAAUCAUCCAGGAAUGCAUGGUCUUCUCAAAGUGCUCUAUGGUGAUAUCUCGGUUAGAACAUUCAACACCAUCACUGAAGACUGGACUAAAUUUCCAAUCUCCAAGUUUGAAGGUUUCCCAGAGAACGAGCCUCCGAAGAAACAUUUAUUGGCUCCGACUCGACUUGGAAUUGAUCAGCACUUCACAGCAUCUUCAGAAGCAGUGUUACUCACCCCAAGAGAAGGAAACUACCAUAGUUUAGAAUCAGUCGGAGGACCCGCUGCCUUUCUUGACAUUCUCUCUCCACCGUACGAUCCGGUUAUCGGAAGAGACUGCCAGUAUUUCAAGGAAUUAAAAUCUUUGCAACCAUCUUCUUCGGAGUCAGACCCUCACUGGUUGAUGUGUAUCUCUCAACCUCAUGAUUUUUGGUGUGAUGAAGUGCAUUAUCCUGGACCAGAAAUAUCCAUCCCAUCAUGAUGAGCAUUUUAAAUGGCACAAUAAUCUUCAGUCUAAUCAGAAGGACUUGUAUUUUGAUGAAGAUAGAUACAUUAAAUAUGUGCAAGUCCAAGGCAUCUCUGAUGUGGUCAUGUUUUCAUCCAUAGUUUUUUGGACAACUCAUCGCCCUCUGCCUGCUGGAUGGAGGGUUUUUAAGGCCGUUUUAUUUUGUUUUUAACAAGUUAAUGAAAUUCAUCUUUUUUUUUACAGUUGAACCUGGUUGUCCUUCAGUGGUUCUAUCAACUGAUAUAUGUGUGUUAAUUUCUGUCACAUAUUCAAUAUAACUUACGUUUAUUAAUGUAAUUAUUACAAGGCAAAUGAGAUUUUCAUAUGUUGGACUUGCCUUUACCAUGACACUUUGACAGAUUUUGUACAAUUAUAUGCCGCACCUUUAUAAGUGAUGAUGAUCAUGCGAUAGAUUUCUGCUUCGCAU